CAGUGCUUCAGCGCAUCUGAAAGGCGUUUUGAUGUCUAGAGUGCAUUAUAUAUCACAUUAUGACCUCUAACCAUUGACGGCUUAAUUUAAUAGAUUUAAUUUUGUAUUUAUUUACUUUUUUUGCCAAAGAAAUGGCUCUUUUUUUGGCCUUGUUGUGUCUCACAAGUGUUGCAGAUGUAUUAGGAAAGCAAAAGAUCAAUUCAGAAAAUAUAACACGGAUUCUAGACCGACUUCUUGAGGGUUAUGACAAUCGACUACGCCCGGGAUCUGGAGUCUCUGUAACUGAAGUCAAAACAGACAUAUUUGUCACAAGUUUUGGACCAGUAUCUGAUGUUAAGAUGGAGUUCACCAUGGAUAUGUUUUUCCGUCAAAUGUGGGUUGACGAGAGGUUAGCCUUUCAGGGGCCCAUUGAAAUCUUGCCUUUGAACAACCGCAUGGUGGACAAGAUCUGGACGCCCGACACGUUUUUUCGUAACGCGAGGACGUCGCUCUUACACAACAUGACGUCUCCUAACAAGCUGUUUCGAAUCAUGCAAAACGGAACGGUCUUUUACACCAUGAGGCUGACUGUAAGUGCAGAAUGUCCAAUGGUGUUGAUGGACUUUCCUAUGGAUGGACACACAUGUCCUCUCCUCUUUGGAAGCUAUGCUUACACCAAUCGUGAAAUUGUCUACACGUGGAGGAAGGGUCUUCAAGCAUCUGUAGAUUUUCCUCCAGAAUCGUCAAGCUUACUUCAGUAUGACCUUCUGGGCCAGACCUUGUUCAGCGAAACAUAUAAAUUCAGCACAGGUCUGUAUUCUGUCCAGGUUGUCCAUUUCUAUCUUCAGAGGAAGCUUGGCUACCAUCUUAUCCAAACAUACAUCCCAUUGAUUAUGGUGGUUGUGCUGUCACAAGUCGCGUUCUGGAUCAACAAGGAGUCUGUCCCGGCUCGAACAGUGGCUGGAAUCACCACUGUGCUCACCAUGACCACUCUGAGCAUCAGCGCCCGCUCCUCGCUGCCCAAAGUCUCCUACGCCACCGCCAUGGACUGGUUCAUCGCCGUCUGCUUUGCCUUCGUGGCUUCGGCCCUUGUAGAGUUUGCCGCGGUCAACUACUUUGCCACGCUCGAGGCCAACAGGGAAAAACGGCGGCUCUCCAGGGCCUCCGUUCUAGAGUCCAUAGCUCAGGGCAGCGACGACGAGCCGGAGACGCCUCAGUCUGAUACCAGUGGCUUUAGCCGCAGAAGACGUGCAAACUCUGUGUCUGAGGGGCCCAGGACUCGCUAUCCCAUCUUCCUUCAGGGCUCAGCUGUUCCACCCAACAUGAUGUUGGCAGGCACCAGUGCCAUAGACACGUACGCUCGCAUCCUCUUCCCUCUGGCCUUCGGGAUCUUCAACCUCAUCUACUGGUACAUCUACCUCAGCAAGGACACCUUGGAAAAGCCCAGGGAGAUCGAGUGAGUUUCUCCUGAGAAGCGCAAGACGCAUUCAGCAGUAAGAGCGUGUACUCGGCUCUGCUCUCCUUUGGACCGCUCUUUCUCUGUCUCUCACUUUCGUCAUCUAGCAACUUCAUCCCUGAUAGAGUGCGAGGCUGUCUGACACUAUUUGACGAGCAUUUGAUCCUGUUCCUUUCCUAUUUUAUCACCUAUAUAGACUUUCCACUCCAUUUGCCUUUAUAUUCGUAGCCGAGGGCCACGUCGUUAUACUAACCCUGGUACAUUGCAAAACCCUCCUCUGGUUCUGCUCUAGUUCUGCAUGUGUGUGUGUGUGCGUGUGUGUUGCACACUAAGGAGUUGAUGACAUAAUCUGCAGCUCUAACUGGUGAUGCAACAUUGAACCAAUGCUUUCAGUGGCCUGCCCUCUACAGAGACACGGCUCGCACUGCACUAGAUCAAAAGCGCUGGGUUUAUACUGACGGCUUCAAAGAAUUCGCCUUGAAAAUAAAGGAGAAAAAGUGCAUCCACAGAACUGAACUUUUACGAACGCCAUACGCGUGCGAACGUCUGCAGACGCGUACGGUGCCUCUCUUGACGCAGCGGCGCUGUAAUAGAGGGAUAAAGUAAAUCUCGGUGUGGGGGGUGGAUAUUUAAUAUGUAUUCUCAGCUCACGGUCUAUUUGAUGUUCUCUGAUGUUUCUCUGUUCUCAUCUCUCUCUCACUGUUGGGAGAACAUGCACAUGCCCAGGAAUGAAUAAAUGCAAACAACUCAUAAGACAAUUGUGCAUAACAUCUUAAAUGGCUUUUAAAAGCCUAUUUGGAGGAGACAAUGUGGCACUGAAGAAUAAACAUUAAGGUGCUGAUGUAAAAAUCUCAGGAAUGAAAUACUUAUACUUGCAUUAUGUACUUGGAUAAUGCCUGUAUGCAUUAGUGUUUUGCCUAAUGAGGAUUUUCUUUAUGCAUUUUAUUUGUCUGAUGGUCAACUCAUGCAACCCACUAAAUAUUUCAUGUUUAACCUUCAUGUUGUGUUACAGUCUUUUUCUGAGAGUUUUCUUUCCUGAAAAUAGUAGUUAAUGUAAUAGCAUUGGGCAAAAAAAAAAGUAUAUAUAUAUAUAUAUAUACACACCAGUCAUAAGUAGCAUGGGUAUAUUUGUUGCAUUAGCCAACAAUACCUUGUAUGGGUCAAAAUAAUAUUUUUUUCUUUUAUGCCAAAAAUCAUUAAGAUAUAAGAUAAGGAUUAUGCUCCAUGAAGAUAUUUUGUAAAUGUCCUCCCGUAAAUAUAUCAACUUAUUUUUUGAUUAGUAAUAUGUAUUGCUAAGAACUUCAUCUGGACAACUUUAAAAGCAAUUUUUUUUUGCACCCUCAGAUUCCUGAUUUUCAAAUAGUUGCUUAUUUAUCAUCUUUAGAUGAUGUAAUAAAUCUCAGUUUCAAAAAUUUGACCCUUAUGACUGGUUUUGUGGUCCAGGGUCACAUAUAUAGGAUUUUUUUCCACACAUGUUGUUCCUGGUCAACUUGUUUUCUUUCAGUUAGUUAGGUUUUUCUAUUUCUUUAUCAGUACCAAAUAGAAUUGCAUAAUAAGAAACUGACAAGUCUUUUAAAAAGGCCGGUCCUUUUUAACCAGGUCUCAAGUCGCACAGAUGUAUUUGUAGCAGUAGCCAAAAAUACACUGUAUGGGUCAAAAUUAUUGAUACCAAAAAUCAUUAAUAUAAUAAGUGAAAAUCAUGUUCCAUGAAGAUAUUUUGUAAAUUUCCUACCAUAAAUAUAUCAAAACUUAAUUUUUGAUUAGUAAUAUGCUUUGCUAAGAACUUCAUUCUGACAAUUUUAAAGGCGACUUUCUCAAUAUUUAGAUUUUUUUGCACCCUCAGAUUCCAGAUUUUCAAAUAAUUGUAUCUCAUCCAAAUAUCUUGUCCAUUUAGCUUUCAGAUGAUGUAUAAAUCUCAAUUUCCAAAAAUUGCCCCUUAUGACUGGUUUUGUGGUCCAGGGUCACAUAUAUAUAUUUUUGUGUGUUGUUCCUGAUCAACUUGUUUUCUUUCAAUUAGUGAAGGUUUUGUAUUUUUUUUUUUUUAUCAGUACCAAACAGAACUGCAUAAUAAGAAAUGUACAAGCCUUUUUAAAAGGCCGGUCAUUUUUAACCAGGAUCAGCUAAUUAGAAAAAUGAUUUAAAUAGGAUCUUUAAAUAUGAUCUUUAAAUCUUAAAUGACCUGAUUCUUGUGUGUACAUUUUUUUUUUUUAAUUUUCUAAUAUAAUAGAGGUAAUCUAUAUAUUUGUGAACUCCUGAAAACUGACUAAACAAUAUUUUAACAGUACACUUGUUUAAAAUUUUUGGGGGAAACGGACUAAAAAUAUCGAUGACUUGUCCUGCACUCAGGGGCGUGUUCGACUUUUCGUCCAAUCAGAUGCUUUCUAGAAUGAAAAGCCCCUCCCCCUAAUGCCACCUGUUUUACGGGAUGUAUUUUAAACAGAGCGAAUAAACGUUUCGUUUGGUCUGUAAC